UCAAUACUCAAAUGCAUACUGUUACUAGUUUCUUGAGCAAAAUAGCAGGAGUACUAGCAGGUGAUAGCUACUUCUCUCCGGAAGCCUAUAUAAGAGUAAUCUGAGGAUAUCACAGGACACAACACCUUUUGGUCGCACUUCGUCUGCGCGAACGAGCCGAUCGACACCUCCCAAGUCGCAACAAAUAUCACUCAUUCCCCAGCAUCUUUCUUACAGAUGAAGGCAAGGCGCUUCAACUUUGUCUUCCAGCUUGAGCAGUCUGGGACUGGAGGAUGUUCUUACUGUUGUUCUUGUCGUCCUCGUUGUUGCAGCAAAGGAUGGUCAUCAGGGUGAGCAUGCCUUGCGACAAGUGCAGGUCCAAAGCCAUGGAGUUGGCCGCCAAGACAACCGGGGUGAUCUCGAUAAAGAUAGCCGGUGAUUAUACCAACCAACUUGAGGUGGUCGGUGAUGGCAUCGAUGUGGUCUGCCUCGUCAACCGCCUCCACAAGAAGCUUGGACGCGUCGUGAUUCUGGAGGUGGAGGAAGUGAAAGAUAAGAAACCAGAUCCAGAUGAGAAGAAGCCCGAGAAGUGUGAGAAGAAGUCGCAUGUGCCUGUCCCACAGUGUUAUCCCGGUUGCUACCACUAUCACUGCCCGUCGAGGCCACAAGUGGUCGUCUAUGAGGAGUCUGGCGCUUGCUCCAUCAUGUAAUUUUCCAGAGACGGUCUUGCCAACCAAACAAAUCAAGCAGGUGGGAAGGAAAAAAAAUAACAUUAUUAUUAAAUACUCCUGCCAUCCCAAAAUAAGUGUCUCAAAUUUAAUAUAAUUUUUACUAAAGUUAGCACAAAGUUAAGACACUUUAAAAAAAUAAGUUGACACACUUAUUUUAGGACGGCGGGAGUACUUCAAGAGGUCUCAGUUGUGUGCAUUGCAAGAUGGAGUGGAGAUAAAAACAUUGUUCUUUCAUUGUGUAAAAAAAGAACUUGCAGGCGAGCCAUUAGGGCAUCUCCAAUAGUUUGUAUGUUAGCUUGCUGGUAAAAUAUGACAUGUCAUCAACCAACAUCUUAACAUACAACUACUCCAAUAGAUUGUAUCUAAUUUGCACAAUAGUAUGUAAGAUAAUAAAUAAGGUGCUCUCUCAUUCUACAUUGGAGCUUGUGUAAGGGGUGUUGGUUCAUGUACAUACAACCUAACUCUCUUUUCUCAUUUAUUGUAUAACACACCUAAAAAAUCCUAUGUGGCAAAGUCUACCAACAACUAUCUUACAACUAUUGGAGAUGCCCUUAGACGGAGGUCAAUCUAAUGACUUGAUGACGCUUGGAAUAAAGUGUUGCACCAAGAAACUCAGUUGUAUAUACUUAUCUUUUUUCAAAACUUAAUGUAUGCAUUUUGGUUCAUAAACAUGAUAAGUUUGUACUUAAUAUGUUACAGGGAAGCCUUAUAUAUGUACAGUUUGUAUUUCUGUAUUUGAAGUUGUCUUCAUCCUAAUCUUUUUUUUUCUUUGAUAAAGGGCACUUUUGGAAGGGGAGCCUUGGCGCAGUGGUAAAGCUGCUGCCUUCUGACCAUGAGGUCAUGGGUUCAAGUCCUGGAAACAGCCUCUUACAGAAAUGUAGGAUAAGGUUGCGUACUAUAGACCCAAAGUGGUCGGACUCUUCCCCGGACCCUGCGCAAGCGGAAGCUAAAUGCACCGGGCUGCCCUAAAGGGCACUUUUAUUAUCUUCGAAUGUGACAUCAAGCGGAUACAAAGCAUGAUGAGCAACACCCGGUCUCUUCA